CAGCACUCCCUGCAGCACAGAACUACAAAGGCCAGAAUGCAUUGCUUCUCUCAGCCGGCCAGCAGGUCUGUACAGCACAGGUGAGCUGCCGAGCGAGAGGGCCAGUCACAGUCAGUAAGAGACACACCCACUGGAGAGGUCAGUAACAGUGACACUAAAGAGGGGAAGUAGGAGAACAAGGAGAAACAGCACCCAAGAGACCGGCCACAGAAAGUUCCUCCAUGAAGUUGAAGGUUAGUUCAGUGUUGGCCGGUUCCUCUCCAGAGCGGCAGGGGUAUCUUCUGAAGAAAGGGAGUCGUAACCAUGCAUCUUAUCAGCGCCGUUGGUUCUUGCUCUGGGGCAACCUGCUCUUUUAUUAUGAGAAGCAAGGAGACCCACAGCCGCUGGGCAUCAUUGUGUUGGAAAGGUGCUCCGUCUCUCUUCGACAUUCCCGCCAGGAGUAUGCCUUCUCCCUCUACUCGCUCUCCCGUGUCUACAAGAUGGCAGCAGAGUGCCAGAAAGACUUAGAACUCUGGGUCAAAGCAUUAUUUAGUGCCAAUGUUGGAUAUACAAAGGCCCUCCUGGAUGAGGUGCGGGGUCAAUACCAAAUCCUCAAUGCAGGAGACAAUGGACCAAAUACCAAAUGUCCUCAAGAGAACACAUGGAAGGCAGAUUUUGGUGCGCUCCAUCAUUGGCUGGGAGAGGAGAUCCUUCCUCUACGUGCAAAGAACAUCACUGAGUCGUAAUAGUGAUAAACAUCUUUUUACUGGGUAAACCCAAUAUGGGCAGAAGGCUUUUCACUGGAUGGACUCCAUUGCUGGGCUUCCCUAGUGGACUCCUUAGGACCAACAUUGGCACAUAGAAUUUAUACAAUGUAUAAGCUGAUCUUACAGAGGAAAUGUAGGAGCUCAAUGUUGACAACCAGCCAUAUUUAUUUGCAGGGGGCCCAUCAGAGCUUUCAGUGGUUGCUAAAAGUUAUACCUCAAUGGCAUCAGGUUGGGCAGCACCUUUAUAAAGUUAAGGCAACCACCUUAUACAACUCUUGCCAUACUUUGACCAUCAUGCCCAACUGAUGUUAUCUUUCUCUAUUGCCCUACUAUACCCACUGUCCCUAAUUCUUCCUACUUUCAGCAGCCAUCCGGUGCAACGGAUUAGCCAGGCCACCCCGAUCUGAACCCCAUAAAGACAGUUGUGCUCAGACUCAGAGACAGCUAGACCAGGCUCAUGAGCAGAGGACAUUAGCCAUCAUUAGGAGUUUUUUUUAUAUUCGUAACUGGAAAAUGUCCAUUGAGGCAAGUGAUAUGACAAGCCCCACCCAUAUAUGAUUUAACAGUACCCCCCAUAUUUUGCCCUGUUAAAGGGCAUUGUCGUACAGGGCAGGUACAGGUGUGCUGAGAGUGCCAGUCCAAGGGAUUAUCAGGGAAUUCUCUUAUAUAAAUACAUUUUUCAGGGAGCAUUGAUGGCAUUAGAGCCGUCAUGGAACACCAUCGUGUUUAAUUUCCAUGUUGUCUACUUCUGUUUCUGCCGGAGCUGUACCCCCAGAAUAAAAUGUAUUUAUUUCUCUUC